AUGAUCAAGCAUCUGCUGUCGUCCAAGGUGCGGUCGCAGUCCGGCUGCUACACCUGCAGGCUGCGUCGCAAGAAGUGCGAUGAGCGUCGCCCCGAAUGCUCGGGAUGCGCCGCGCUGGAAAUCACCUGCCAUUUCGGCGACACCAAGCCCGACUGGAUGGAUGGCGGGCCCAGGCAGAAGGAGAUGGCCGAGUUUGUCAAGGCCCAGGUCAAGAAGCAGGCCAGCCAGCGCCGAGACCGCAAGUAUCUCGACAUGCUGGAGUCGGGCACUCGCAAGGUGAGCCUCAGCGACGAGCCCAGGGCCGAUGUCGAGCGAGGCUAUUCCGCGUCGGCGCCGUCCACCAAGGAGUCGCCCAUCAGCCACGUCUCGGGGAGCACUGCUGCCACGUCGCCGCCGGAGCUCCCAUGGCAUAGCCAGGCCUUCAGCGGCGCUGACGAGCCGAUGGAGCUGGACCGGUCCGCCGACAUCCACUACGCGUGCAUGUAUCUGGACUACGUCUUCCCGCACCUGUUCCCUCACUAUCGCCCUCACAUCUUGGUUGGCGGUCGCGGCUGGGUGCUGGAUGCGCUGCAGUCCAAUAACAAGUCGCUCUACCACAUCACCGUGUCCUUGGCAUCGUACUAUUUCGCCCUGAUCCUCAACAAUGGCGAACCGGAACACGAGGAAUGCAUGAAAAAGAUGAACGAGAACCUGCAGUCCCAGAUGGAGCUGGGCCUGCGCGAGCUGCAGAGAGAGGUCAGCUCGCUGCACAGCCGCAAGAUGGACCCGCGAGAUGGUCUGGUCGUCAUGGAGAGCAUCAUCCAGCUGCUCAUCUUCGAAGUCGCCACAGGUACCCGUGAAAACUGGAAGCUACAUCUUGAUGCUGCCAUUGCUCUAUUCCGGCAGGUCCUCCCGGACGCCGAUGGCUGGGAGGAGAUGCUGUACGGCCUCGUCAACCAUCGCUGGCCGCCGCCAGAAAUGGGCAUGAAGAGGCCCUGGAGCACCAGCCAGGCUGCCUGCAGAUUCUUCACGGCCAACCUGCUCUACAUUGACGUGAUGUCGAGCGUCUCGCUUGGAUGUCCUCCUCGGCUGUACAACUAUCAGAACAAGAUUAUACCUUCGUGUAAGACGUCGGAAUGGAGCCCUUGCACCAUGGGCGAGGGACCUCUCCGUAUGGAAGAGUUUCGCGGGCUGCACAACUGGGUCCUCCAGGUCAUCGGUGACAUAGCAUCUCUUCACUCAUGGAAGAAGGCACAGAGCUUAGCCGGCUCUUUAUCCAUCAAUGAGCUCUUGAGCCGUGGCACAAUACUGUUAGACGCAAUCAAAGGGGGGAUUAUGGCCAUCCAAACAUCAUGCCCGCCCCCCGACACGGUCGCCACCGUCAUCUCGGUGCCGGUCCUCGGCGAGCAGCCGUCUUAUGCGAUGCACAACACCAUCUGGCUCAACGCGGCCCUGAUCUACCUGAAUACGGUCCUUGCGGGCUGGCAACCUUCGUGCCCGGAAAUCAGUACUGCCGUGGCCAACACCACCGAGAUGCUGUUCAACCUUCCAAGCGGAACCUGCCUGGGAGCACUAGCCUGGCCGCUAUGCGUGGCCGGCUGCCUAGCACCUCCGGAAGAUGAGGUCAAGUAUAAGAGCAUAGUGGCUCGACUUGGUGGGCUGCAGCUCUUUGGGUCGCUUAGGGAAGCCAUGCACAUCAUGGAGCAGGUCUGGGCCCAACGACCCAUGGACGAGAGCUGGGACGUUGCCCAGUGCAUGAACAUCCUGGGGCAUGGAGUUGUGUUGCUAUGA